AGAUGAUGUCACAACUCGCGAAUAUGCGCGCCACUUCCAUGUUCAGCUUGUCAAUCAUGGUGCUGCUCUCCUUCACAUUAUUGGAUUCUGUCAUCUCGAUGAUGGAGAUGGAGAUGGCUCCCCACGUUAUCUCACGUCACUCCACGUGCGUGCCCGGUGCGUCUAUUUUCUACUUAAAUGGCCGUCGAGCUCCGUCCCUAUUUUGGCCUGUGAUGGCCGGAGCUGCCCGGUGAAUUGUGGACAAUUUUUCUGAACUGCCUCUCGGAGAACGCUGACCAGAAUGCAACUCAAGAACUUCCUGCCCCUGGCAUUGGCCACUCAAAUCGCCGCUCGGAAUCUAUCAGAGGCGCUGGCAUCUCAGAAUUCGAGUCUCUCCGCCCUCAACAGCCUGCUUCUAGGUAGCCCGAGCAUUGUCGCAGCCUUGAACAAGGCCUCAAAUGUCACCAUCUUAGCCCCCAACAAUAAUGCCAUACAAACGUUCCUAGAUCAGUCGCCCCUCGGCUCCAUCUCGAGAAUUGGCUCUGGGGCUUUGGAAGCUCUCCUCAGCUACCAUGUCCUUAACGGCACCUAUUAUGCAUCCAAUAUCACCGACGCCAGUCGUCCCUUGUUCAUCCCUACUUCUCUCACAAACGCCACUUACGCCAAUAUUACGGGCGGCCAGAGGGUUGAGGCGACGGUGGUGGAUGGCAAUGUCACCUUCUAUUCGGGCCUGAGGGAGAACUCGAGUGUCGUGACACCGGAUACCAACUUCACCGGAGGCACUAUCCACAUCAUCGACCGAGUGCUCACGAUCCCCCAGAAUGACACCCAGACCCUCAUCGACUCGAACCUCGCCGCUGCAGCCGGGGCUAUGGCAGCCUCUGAUCAGGCAGAUAAGAUCAACUUGGAGAGAGACGUGACCAUAUUUGCCCCGACCAACGAAGCUUUCAGCGCCGUGGGCAGCGCCGUCGAACACCUGACCUCCCAGCAGCUGGCUAGUUUGGUACAAUACCACGUCGUCCCCGGCACCGUUGUGUACAGCUCCGACUUCAAGAACGGCACCCUUACGACACUCAGCCACCCAAACGUCACCAUAACCGUCCGAAACGGGACCGUCUUCGUCAACAGUGCCAGGAUCAUCAACAGCGACAUUCUCGUCAGCAACGGCGUUCUACACGUCAUUGACAACGUCCUCAACCCAAUGAACAGCACCGCCACCCCGGCCGCCACCGGCACCAGCAACCCGCCCGCCUUCUCGGGCGCUAGCAGCACAUCCGGCGUGCCCUUCACUUCGGGGGUCCCGACGGCGACCACGACAGCCCCGGCCGCGUCUCGGACGACUACCACGGCGAAGACAUCGUCCAGUAGCGCGCCCGGUGUGCCUGUUAGGACCGGUGCGGUUGGCGCUGCCGCGCUCUUUGGCGGCGCCGCUAUGCUGGCGAACUUGUAAGUCUUCUGGCCGUAAACAGGGGGGAUUGGUCAUGUGCAGAUUGCAGAAAUCUCGAUGGAAAUGCUUGUGAUUAUAUGUUUCUUGGGACUAACUCCGGGGGCGGAAGCACGAGGAAGUGUUUAAUAAGGUGGUGCAGAUUGUCCUACCACGCUCACUUCCCGUUAAUACUUAAUAUCACACUCGCAAUAUUCCGUCCGGG